CUUCCCCUUGUCUUGAUGUUCCAGUAGAAGACAAUGCUGUGCACGUCAUUAAAGUGGAAUAUCUUGAAAAUGGGCCCUUAUUUUCAGAACUGAAAUUCUACCAACGAGCUGCAAAACAAGAACAUAUCAAAAAAUGGAUGAAGCUGAAACAACUAACAUUUUUAGGCAUUCCUGUUUUCUUGGGAACAGGCCAAGUCAAACAUCUUGGUAAAAGUUACAGGUUUAUGGUGAUGGAAAGAUUAGGAGAAGAUCUUCAAACCAUCUUUGAAAGAAAAGGGAGAACAUUUGACAAGGAAACUGUUCUGCAGAUUGGGAUGCAAGUGCUGGAUGUCUUGGAAUAUAUUCAUGAAAAUGAAUAUGUACAUGGGGACAUUAAAGCAGCAAAUUUACUUUUGGGCUACAAAAAUCCACAUAAG